AUGCUUGAUAUACAGAAAGACUCUUCUGUUUGGACAUCGUCCUCCUCCUCUUCUUCUUCUUCUUUUUCUUCUGUUGAAUUAGACGAUCGUUCCAUUCCAACCGAAUUGCUUCAAUCGCUUCGACAGCAUUCUAUUUUUCAACGUACCAAUAAUGAAAGCUUUAUAGAAAAAAUAGCUUGCUGUAUGCAUCUUCGAACGUAUGGUCCUCGAGAUAUUAUUAUUGUAGAAGGUGAACCAGCAAAGGCUAUGUUUUUCUUAUUAAGAGGUUCAGUAGAUGUUUGUAGCGCCGAUUUUGAACGUAUUUAUGCAACUUUACCGAAGGGCUCUUGCUUUGGUGAAAUUGGUAUUUUGUAUUCAAUGCCUCGUACUGCAACUGUCAUUGCCAGUACAAAAUGUAUUGUAGCAUCCUUGACAGCGGAGGAAGUGAAGACGAUUUUACCUCAGUAUCCUAAAGUUGAAAAAAUGCUUCGAUUUGAAGCUGAAGAACGCUUAACUUUAUUAAAGAAAAGUAAAAACUUGAAUGAAACAAAAAAAAUAAGCUACAAGCCUUUUACUGAACGCAACGUUGAAGAUCUCACUAGCGCUCAUAAUUUAUUAAAAAAGAUUCCUUAUUUUCAAAGUUGUCCAGAAGAAUUUUUACAUUAUGUUUCUUUAAAAGUUGAACCACGUCAUUAUGCGCCCAAUGAUUUAAUACUUAAAAAAGGAGAUAUUGGAAAAGAAUUAUUUUUUAUUUUAAGCGGUACAGUUGAAAUAACAAAUAUGGACACAGUUUUAUCAGACUCUUUGACUCCAAUUGAGCAUUUAUCUACAGGUGAUUAUUUUGGUGACAUAGCUGUCUUAUUAGAGACUCCAAGAACAGCUAACGUAAGAGCUGUAACUCCAAUCGAAUUAUAUGUAUUAAAAAAAUCAGAUUUCAUGGAUGUAUUGAAUCGCUUUCCCGACUUGCAAGCACAUUUUAAAGCAAUGGCAGAAAGCUCUUUAAACAAUUUAAGAUUAAAAGUAACUAAUUUUAUUAUUAUUAUUAUUAUAGCGACACCUGUUAUACCAACAGGUACGCCUGACGAAUGUCUAUCUUUUACAAACGCACCUGUCAUAACCCCAGAUUCAGUAUGCAGUACAACAAGUGAUCAAGAUCCAACCUUAUUACCUCCAUCCACUACGAAUAUGCUUAAAAUGACUGAAACAAGAAAAAGAAGAGCAAGUGUUGCUAUUUGGUCUGAUCCAAACCUUGUUGCACUUGCAAACCGAAAUUUAAAAUCCGUUGCUGUAAAAGGAUCAAAAUUAAAAGAAGAAGAAGCAAAAAAGAGUAUAAAAGCACCAACUUCAUCACUUAUCUUUAGUGGAGAUGGUCGAAUUGCGUCGCUUAAUGAAGAAAUCUUAAGUUUAAUAGUCAACAAUCUGGAUUUUUACUCUAUUAUUCAACUAUCAGCUGUAUCAAGAAAAUUCCAUGAAUUUGUUCUUCAUAACGAUAAGAUAAUGCAUAUAGUUGAUUUAAGUCAUCUUAAUAAGCGAGUGACAGAUAAUACAAUUGCAUCUAUUGUGAAGAUAACUGGUGUCCGUGCUCGUAAACUAAAUCUAUCUCAAUGCUUUUAUAUUACGGAUGAAGGCUUUAAGGCUUUAGUCGACUAUAUGCCUCACGUAGAAAGUAUGGAUUUGAACUCUUGUUGGCUUUUGACAGAUAAAAGUCUAGCUUACCUUACAGUCGCUUGUCCUCAUCUUACUGUAUUGGACUUGUCUAAUUGUAGAAAAAUGAGUGAUAUCGGUCUCUUUAAAUUACUAGAUGAAAAGGUAAGUCGAAACUAUCCUCAAUUGACUCAUCUUUCUUUAUCCUAUUGUAAAAAGUUAUCUGACAUGUCUAUGGGUUACCUGGCUGAAUUCUGCUCCGAGACACUUACUUCACUUAAUAUCCAACGCUGUACUCGAAUUACAGAUCAGGGGUUUCUUAAAUGGUCGAACACUCAAUUCCCAUCAUUAAGAAAUCUUAAUCUUACUGACUGUAGUUUCUUGACUGAUCAAGCUAUAUCACAUUUAAUUCUUGCUGCUCCUCAUCUAAAAAACUUAUCUCUCAGCUUUUGCUGUGCCUUAUCAGAUAGCGCCAUUGAGGGCCUAAACUCACUAUCUGAAUUAGAACAUUUAGAUGCUAGCUUUUGUGGUGCUGCCGUAUCAGAUAUUUCAAUCAAAGCUUUGCUUAGUUCUAAUAAACUGAGAGAUACAAUACAAUCACUAAAUCUUAGAGGCUGUGUUCGUAUUACGGAUAAAUGCGUAAAAUCAAUCUUGGAGUGGAGUCAUUUAGAAACAUUAAAUAUUAGUCAAUGUCCCGGUAUUAGCUUAAAUACAAAACAGUUUGUUAAGGAAUCUGGAAGUAUUCAUAACUUGGUUGCAUAG